GCCAUGGGGGCUGCCCCUGGAGGGCGAGACACCCAAGAACCCCUGUUGACAAACAUAGUACGUUGCCGGGCGGCCCUAGCUCCCGUAGGCCCCAUCUGUUGCUAACAUCAAGAAGCUGUUUGUGGAGCCGCCUCCCCGCGGACUGCCUCCAGUGUCUCCAUCUAUUUUCCCUACAACCAAACCUCACGAGGCCCUGCCUCCAGGGCUCUCGCCCUUAUCUGGGCCUGGGACGCCUGAACUGGAGAAUGCGAGCUGCAGGAUUCUGCGCGGGCCCUGGGAAGGGCAGGGCCGGUCACGGCUGCUCGCUCCCAUUUGGCACUGAAGCAGUUAACCUCCAGUUCCACCGGGCGGCCUCUUAGGCUGCCGUCGCUCCGCUGGGCGGAGUCACCGCCCGUUCAGUGUUUUCAUUGGUGAAUGUGAUCCGGGGCCUUCAGGACCCACCAAUCCAGAGGCAGGAAGAGUAGAGUCAGACGCGUGCCGCGAGAAUAGAGUGGACGGAGAGUCGGAGGGGCCGAAGGUUUUGGGGGCGGGGGAGUGGCGGUCUGGAAGCACUUGUUGGCCGGGUGAGGUGUGGGGAGGCAGAGCGCCCCCACGCUCGGGCCGGCAGACCGCCGUUCGACCCCUGCGAAGGCAGAUAGUGUAGGUGUGGCCCUUAUCAGCCACUCAGCGGAACACCCUGUGGGGUGAGGUCUCACGAUUUCCACCGCCUCACGUUCCCCUACCUCUCGUUGACGAGUCCUGGCCCCUGAGCGGGGAUCUCACCGUUGCACUAGCCCAUCCGCGCGAGCUGCCUUGGCUUCUCCAGAAGCAGCUUCCCAAUGGGUCGGACCGUGGUCGUGCUGGGCGGAGGCAUCAGCGGCUUGGCCGCCAGCUACCACCUGAGCCGGGCCCCGCGUCCCCCUAAGGUGGUCCUGGUGGAGGGCAGCGAGCGUCUGGGAGGCUGGAUCCGCUCAGUCCGAGGGCCGGGCGGUGCAGUCUUUGAACUUGGACCUCGGGGGAUUCGGCCGGCGGGAGCGCUGGGAGCCCGGACCCUGCUCAUGGUUUCCGAGCUUGGCUUGGACUCGGAAGUGUUGCCUGUCCGGGGAGACCAUCCAGCUGCCCAGAACAGGUUCCUGUAUGUAGGCGGCGCUCUGCACGCCCUACCCACUGGCUUCAGGGGGCUCCUGCGCCCUUCACCCCCUUUCUCCAAACCUCUGUUUUGGGCUGGGCUAAGGGAGCUGACCAAGCCCCGGGGCAAAGAGCCUGAUGAGACCGUGCACAGUUUUGUCCAGCGCCGUCUUGGACCUGAGGUGGCGUCUCUAGCCAUGGACAGUCUCUGCCGCGGAGUGUUUGCGGGCAACAGCCGUGAGCUCAGCAUCAGGUCCUGCUUUCCCAGCCUCUUCCAAGCUGAGCAGACCCAUCGUUCCAUAUUACUGGGGCUGCUGCUGGGGGCAGGGCAAAGUCCACCGCCAGACUCAGCACUCAUUCGCCAAGCCCGGGCUGAACGCUGGAGCCAGUGGUCACUCCGCGGUGGACUGGAGAUGUUGCCCCAGGCCCUUGACACCCACCUGACUAGUAGAGGGGUCCAGGUUCUCAGAGGCCAGCCAGUCUGUGGGCUCAGCCUGCAGGCAGGAGGGCGCUGGAAGGUGUCUCUCGGGGACAGCAGUCUGGAGGCUGACCAUAUUAUUAGUGCCAUCCCAGCUCCAGCGCUGAGCAAGCUGCUGCCCGCUGAGGCUGCGCCUCUGGCUCGUGUCCUGAGUACCAUCACUGCCGUGUCAGUAGCAGUGGUGAACCUGCAGUAUCGCGGAGCGCAUCUGCCGGUGCAGGGAUUUGGACAUUUGGUGCCAUCCUCAGAAGACCCGGGGGUCCUGGGAAUCGUAUAUGACUCAGUUGCUUUCCCUGAGCAGGAUGGGUCUCCCCCCGGCCUCCGAGUGACCGUGAUGCUGGGAGGUUCCUGGUUACAGACGCUAGAGGCCAGCGGCCGUGUCUUACCUCAGGAGCUGUUCCAACAGCAGGCACAGGAAGCAGCUGCCACACAGCUAGGACUGAAGGAGCCACCGAGUCACUGCUUGGUUCAUCUGCUCAAGAACUGCAUCCCGCAGUAUACAGUAGGCCACUGGCAAAAACUGGAGUCAGCCAUGCAAUUCCUGGCUGCUCAGAGGCUGCCCCUGACGCUGGCCGGAGCCUCCUACGAGGGGGUUGCCGUCAAUGACUGCAUAGAGAGUGGGCGCCAGGCGGCAGCCAGUGUCCUGGGCACAGAACCUGACUCCCACUCAUGAAAAUAAAGGUUCCUGCAACUUA